AUGUUCGCGCUGCGCUUCCUCGCGACCUUCGAGACAGAGGUCGUGAGCUGGCAGCGGACUCUCGCCAGCAUCACCGAGGUGUCGAGUCUGCUCAGCGAGGUGCAGCGGACGUGGGCGUUCCUGGAGAACCUCUUCAUCUACUCGGAGGAGGUGAAGAAGGAGCUGCCGGAGGACAGCGACAACUUCGUGAACGUCGACCACGACGUGAAGCAGCUGCUGCGCAGAGGAGCCGAGGUGCGGCUCGUGAGGCCCUUCUGCUGCGAGCCGGGCAUCUUCGAGGCGCUGGAGAAGGCGCAGGCCCAGUUGCAGGUAUGCGAGAAGGCCCUCAACGAGUUCAUGGACGGUCGGCUGGGCCCCGGAAAAGUAUGGGGGGGAAGAUACGGCGAGGAGAGCAAGGCCAUCUCGGAACGGGCCCACCUCGUUAAGCUCGUCGCAGCGGGCGAGUUCCGCCCGCGCGACGUCGCGGGCUGGCUGGACUCUCUCGCCCGCGAGUACGACAAGGGCGCCCUUGCGAUGGCGGGGGGGCUGAGCGACUAUCCCUGA